GCGGCUGCCCCGCCCGCCGCCGCAGUGACAGCGACAGCUCCGCCCGGGCAUAGUCGGGCCCAGCCCAGCCGAGCCGCGUAGCCGGACCGGGAGCGGCGCGGGCGGGCCGGUCAUGGCCGACGACUUCGGCUUCUUUUCCUCAUCUGAGGGCGCUGGCGCCGAGGAGGACCCGGCCGCCGCCUUUCUGGCCCAGCAGGAGAGCGAGAUCGCGGGCAUCGAGAACGAUGAGGGCUUCGGGCCGACCGAUGGCGAGGCGGCCGCCGCCCCGGGCGGGCAGGCGGCCCUGCCGGAACAGGCAGGUUUCCAGAAUGGAGGAGCCACUGUCAAUGGAGAUGUCUUUCAGGAGUCCAACGGUCCCACGGAUGCCUAUGCAGCCAUAGCCAAGGCUGACCGGCUGACCCAGGAACCCGAGAGCAUCCGCAAGUGGAGGGAGGAGCAGAAGCAGCGUCUGGAGGAGCUGGAUGCAGCAUCAAAGGUGACUGAGCAGGAAUGGCGUGAGAAGGCCAAGAAGGACCUGGAGGAGUGGAACCUGCGUCAGAAUGAGCAGAUGGAGAAGAACCGAGCAAACAACAGGGCCUCGGAGGAAGCAUUCCUGAAGGAGUCCAAGGAGGAGACCCCAGGCUCUGAGUGGGAGAAGGUGGCCCAGCUGUGUGAUUUCAACCCCAAGAGCAGCAAGCAGAGCAAGGAUGUGUCACGGAUGCGCUCGGUGCUCAUCUCCCUCAAACAGACGCCCCUGUCCCGUUAGCUGUGCCUGGCACAGCCAGGAGCACAGCGGGCAUGGCUGGGCUCACUGAGCCAGGUGGCUUCAGGGGCCGGCCCAGGAAGGGCCUCCCGCUGCCUGCUCUCUGAUCUGCACCUCGGCUGUGCUCGAGUCACUGGUUGUAUAACUCUCCCCAUGGUUUUCCUUUGCUUAAAAGGUGCAUUGGUCUCUUUUUACACUUAUUUAUAAAUCACUGUGGCAUUUCCCCGAGAAGCGGCACUGGGUGGCAGAGCUGAGUUAGUGGGGAAGCCCCAGCCUAGGCUCUUCAGGAGAUUAUGUCUGAGGGCCUGGCUAAAUGAACAGUUAAUCUCAUCCUGUGUUCCCCACUUCAACCCUGUGCUGGGGAUAAACCUGCCUGCAGCUGUCCUGGCAGUCCCAUGUCCAGGCCUCAGUCCUAGCCCUGAGGCAGGGAUCCCAGCGGGAUCUCGGGCUGCUGUCUGCCUUUCCCAUGGGAUUUAGAGCAGAGUUGGGAGGGUGGAGAAACAGCCCUGGCUUGGCUCCACACCGCUGUGUCCUGCAGGGAGCAUGGCUGCAGCAUGGUACUGCCAGACUGGCAGGGACUGAGGAAUGUGAGUACAGGCACCCAGGUUGGGCCUGGACUGCCAGCGGCUGCCCCAAGCCAAUCAGAACUCUGCCUAGCCUGGCUAUGCCCCAAAAAGUUGGUGGGGCUCCAGUGUCCAUGUCCCAUCUGUCCUGCAGUGCUGGCAGCACAGUGGUGUGGGUCACCAGGACAGGACUAUGAAGGGGAGUGUGCAGCAUGUUUCCUAUCCUUUCCCCAUGAACACCAGCAGUUGGCAAUAUGGGAUGCCAGGCUUUGGGGGACCCUCGGCUUUGCUCUGCUCCUUCCCUUGCUACCAGAAUGGGAGAUGGAGGCUGUGUAGUUGCAGGGAAGGACAUAGGAAGGUCCAGCUGCUGUGGGGCAGGUCAAACCCCCCACCUUCCUAACCCAGAGGCCUAGAGCAGGGUUGGGCAGAGUUCUGGUGCUGGGGUUUGUACUGUCCCUGAGAGCAACCUACACAUCUGUCUGUAGUUGCUCUGCCCCCCUGGAUUUGCCCACCUAAGGCAGUGAGGGAGAUGCCUCAGUCCUGCUCCCUGCUCGAACUUUCUCUCCUCUGCUUGGCAGGGAUGGCACCAGUCCUGGGAACCUGCACAGCUCCCGGGUAGCGGGAGAGGGACAGCCUUGAGCUAGUACCCUGGGUCUGGCCUGUUGAGGGCUUGGGAAGGGCUUGCAGCAACUUGAGGGGAUAUAGACCAGAGCCCACAAAACAUUCACUUGAGCCUCUCUGCAGAGCCCUGCUCAGCUGGAAAUCAAGUGUGCAGAGCUCUCCUGCCCUGCAGCUGUAGCUCCAGGGCCAGAAUGUCACCAGUCCUGCUGCUGCACCUGUGGGGGUGCCUGGGCACCCAUGGCUCUGGGGCAUGAUCUCACCAGUGGGCUGGGAAGGUAAAUGGGUGUGUAGGGAAUCGCUUGGUGUUGUGUGUCGGGACUGUGCCCCCUGCCCAUAGGGCUGAUCGUUCCUGCCUGGCCCUCCUGAGCUCCUGCAUGCGUAGGCAGCUCUGCUGUGCUGCAGAACACCUGGGGUCCUGGCUGCCUGCCUCAGCCUUGCAUUGCAGAGCAGCUGGAAGCACCCCUGGCUACUUGUGGGGGGCAGUGUGCCCUCCCUAUGCUCUGUCCCUCCAGCCCCUGCAGGCAGCUGGGCCUCUGGGUUCCCCAGCUGCUACGUGCUCCAUGUCAGGCCGGGGCAGCUCUCGGGGAGCCAUGCCCACAGCUGUUCUACAUCCCUCGGCUUUGGUAUCUGUGACUGUCCAAAUUAUCUGUUACAAUAAACCAACAUCUCCAACCCUA